AUGUCUUCUGGAAGUGAAAGUGAUGAAGAAUAUGUGCCUGGUGUUCCAGAGCAAGUUUCUGAAGAAGACUCGGCUGAUGAAGAAACUGAUUUGCAAUUUGAGAAAGAGUUGGAACAUAAAACCAAAAAGCGAAAGUCAGACGUGGCAACUAAUGGUAGAAGCAAAAAGCGAACUAGGAACAGUUGCAUUAAAACCAAUCAAGAACCAGAAACAAAAGAAGAGAAACAGCCUGAAGAACCAGGUAACCCAGAGGAUGAAAAGAAAAGGGAAGAUGAUUUGUGGGCAAUGUUUUUAGAAGGUACAGAUACUAAGCCUAAGCCUGCACAAAAGUUGGAAAAUAAAGCAAACGAUCAAACAAAAACCUCUCUAGACAAUAUUAAGGAAAAAAGUGUAGCCGACAAGAAUGACAAAAAAUCCAUUGACGAUAGCAAAGAUAGAGAAAGGAGAAUAUUUGAAUUCGCGGGUGAAACAAUUGUUGUCGAAAAUGAUGUGAUUAAAGAAAAGAUCAAAACCUCAGAGAAGCCUGCAACAGUUGACAAGGACGAUGGCCCAUCCCGAAGUCGAGCGUCAGGAGGUGUAGCAGGAAUCUUAGGACAGUUAAAUAAGAAAAACAAACUAUCCACUUUAGAAAAGUCUAAACUUGACUGGAUGACUUACAAAAAAGAAGAGGGUAUUGAAGAGGAAAUACAAAGUCACAACAAGGGCAAGGCUGGGUACUUAGAUCGUAAAGAUUUUUUGGAGCGAGCAGAUAUUCGGCAGUACGAAAUUGAAAGAGAUUUGAGGAUGAGCCGGCGUAGCAACCGAUAG